AGGGCCGCGCCUGCGCGGCCGCCCGAACAAAAAACCUGCCCCCGCGCGCCGGCUCCCCUCCCCUGGAGGAGCGCUGGCUUAAGCCUGAGACCGUGAGGGGGAAAGCCGGGGCCCUGUGGCGGCCGGGCCCACCGCCCCAUCAGCCGCCGGGAAGCAGCCUUCCGCUAACGAGGCUCCGCCGUCGCUGGCCUUCCCCCGCAACCCGGCAUCACCACUUCGCCUUCAUCGACCAGGGCCGGGCUGUCCGCGCCUGGCGCCAGGACGAAAAUGGCUCAAACUACUGGCCCAGCAGCACACCUUGAAGAGGAGGAAUCCUCUUGUAGCAAACUGGUGGUUACGUUCCUGAUGUCAGCACUUGAGUCAAUGUGUAAAGAACUUGCUAAGUCCAAAGCAGAAAUUGCCUGCAUUGCUGUAUUUGAAGCAGAAGUGUUCGUAGUUGGAACUGAGAGAGGAAGAAACUUUCUCAGUUCUAGGAAAGAAUUUCAGGAGGAUUUUGUUAAAUACUGUGUUAGAGAAGAGAAGGCUGCAGAGACAAAGAAAACAAAGACACUGCCACCUGUGAAUGGACUGACAGUGGACACUGAGGAAGAGGAAGCUCUCAUGAAGUCUGUGGAUGACUUUUUCUGCUUUUGCUAUGGCAAAGCUUUAGGGAAGUCAACGUUGGUGCCUGUGCCAUAUGAGAAGAUUCAGAAUGACCAGUCCUUUCUGAUAGCGCAGGGCCUGCCCAGAGGAGUUGCAUUGCAGCAUCCAUCCAAAUACGAUGUAGUAACACUGAAAUGGAUCCUGGACCACAAGUCACAGAUCUCAUUUGUCCUCAAAAGGGCUGUUGUGGAGCCAAAGAAACAGCCAGCAGCUUCUUUGGUAACAGCCCCAGUAGCAGUGAAAGAGGAGCCAAAUGAUCCUGCAUACUAUCAAUAUAAUACUCCAGCCCCUUCGGUAGCAUCAGAGCCGGAUAAAAGAAUUGGGAUUCUGAAAAAUUACACAGGUGUUAGAGAAGAGAAGGCUGCAGAGACGAAGAAAACAAAGACACUGCCACCUGUGAAUGGACUGACAGUGGAUUCUCAGGAAAAGGAAGCUCUCAUGAAGUCUGUGGAUGACUUUUUCUGCUUUUGCUAUGGCAAAGCUUUAGGGAAGUCAACGUUGGUACCUGUGCCAUAUGAGAAGAUACAGAAUGACCAGUCCUUUCUGAUAGUGCAGGGCCUGCUCAGAGGAAUUGCAUUGCAGCAUCCAUCCAAAUACGAUGCAGUAACACUGAAAUGGAUCCUGGACCACAAGUCACAGAUCUCAUUUGUCCUCAAAAGGGCUGUUGUGGAGCUGAAGAAACAACCAGGAGUUCCUCUGCCAGAUCAUUCAAAAAUACCUCUAGCUUCAAGUUGUCCUCCUGUUCCUCCUACUGAAGUGAAAACAGAAUCAAAAGAGGAUCCUGCAGCUGCUUUGAGAACAGCCCCAGUAGCAGUGAAAGAGGAGCCACAUGAUCCUGCAUACUAUCAAUAUACUAUUCCAGCAGCCCCUUCGCCAGCAUCAGAGCCUUAUAAAACAACUGCUCUUGUAAAAAAUGAACCAGCAGCCCCUUCAAAAGCACCAGAGCCGGAUAAAAAAGCUGCUUUUGUAACAAAUUACGCAGCAGCCACGUUAGGAUCAUCACAGCCAGCUCAAAGAAUUGCUCUUGUAAAAAUUUACACAGGUCCCCCCCAGAACACCCCUCCAGAAAUAAGUCGAGGUCCUGAGGUCGAGGUCACCAUUGAGGAUGAUGAUGAAGAAUACUUGGCUCCUAGCAAGAGAACAAAGAACAUCACUUCAGCUAAUGGAGCUGCCAGUACUAGGAGAACAGCAGCAAGAGCAGUGAAUUCUGGUGAUGAUGAUGAAGAUGGUGGCAGCGGUAACUAUGAUGACGAUGGUGGGGAUGAUGAUGAUGGUGGGGAUGAUGACGAUGGUGAUGGUGAUGAUGGCAAUGAUGAUGGUGAAGAAGAUGAAGAAUAUGUGCCUCCUAGCAAGAAAGCAAAGAACACUGAGGGAAUUAAUGGAGCUGUUAUGCCUGGGAGAAGAAGAAGAAACUUCAACUUUGAUAAAUGGAAUACAAGAAUUACAAACUUGAGAAAACAAGUUCAAGAGGUGUUUGAAAGAAAAUAUGCUGAAGCUGUAAAAGCAAAAGGUCCAGUAAUUAUCCCAUACACAACCUUCCAGUCACAUGAAGAUGAGCUGAUUGUGGAAGGGCUGCCAGAAGGCGUUCCCUUCAGGCGACCAUCCACCUACGGCAUCCCCCGCCUCGAGAGGAUCCUUCUAGUGAAGGAGCAGAUCCGGUUUGUCAUUAAAAAUCACGAGCUUUUGGCUUUGGCAUCACAGCAAGAUGCACUACAGCAGGAUUCCCCACCACAAGAUGCACCACGACAAGAUGCAUCACAGGAUAAAACAAUUCCAGGAGCGAAAGAGGAGUGGCAUGCCAAACUCACCAAACUGAGGAAGGCAGUAGAUGAACUCUUCUCUAAAAAGCUUGCUGAGGCCCUGGGGAGCAGCGAGCCUAAACCUGUACCAUACCAGAAAUUUGAGACCCAUUCUACUGACCUCUGUGUCGAAGGGCUGCCAGAGAAUAUCCCCUUUAGGAGUCCCUCCUGGUAUGGAAUCCCUCGCCUUGAGAAAAUAAUUCAAGCGAGCCAGAGGAUAAAAUUUGUCAUCAAAAGGCCAGAGCUGCUAGCUCCCAGUGCACCUGCAGGUACUCAGCGCACGGCCGACACCUCAGGUAAGACAGACAAGUGCGAUUGGAAUAUCAAGAUCACAAGGCUAAGAAAGGAAGUAGAAGAGAUAUACAAUACAAAGUUUGGUCAAGCUCUGGGGCUUUCAGAGGCAGUGAAGGUUCCCUAUCCUGUAUUUGAAGCAAAUUCUGAACACUUGUACGUUGAAGGCUUGCCAGAAGGAAUCCCCUUCCGGAGUCCCACGUGGUUUGGAAUUCCACGCCUGGAGAAAAUUAUCCGUGGGAAGUGCAAAAUCAAAUUUGUUGUAAAGAAGCCUGAGCUUGUCACUUCCUGUUUGCCUCCAGGACUAGCUAGUAAAAUAAACAUUGAAGCAGUACAUCUGAAGAAUUCAGAAGCGAGUCUGAAGGGGUCACAAGCAAGUCCAAAGAGCUCGGAAGCAAGUCCAAAGAGUUCAGAAAUGAGCCCAAGGAAUUCAGAAAGCUCACAAAGUCCUGCCAGCAAUUCAAAGGUUGCAGAGAUUGAAGUCACUGUUGAAGAUGGCUCUAAUACACCAGAAAAGGCAGAUGUUCAAAACAACUCUUCAACCAAUGGGUCCCACCCAGGUUUAAAUCCACAAGGGAAAGAUUUUUCUUUUGACUCUUGGAAUUCCAGAAUUAAUGACUUAAAGCAGAAAGUUGACCAAGUUUUCAGUGAGAAGUGUGCUGAAGCCCUGGGGGUGCCUGGGCCAGUGAAGGUGCCCUAUGGGCUGUUUGAAUCCCACCCAGACGUCUUCUCUGUGGAAGGACUCCCCGACGGCGUGCCAUUCCGACGGCCUUCUACCUUUGGAAUCCCAAGACUAGAGAAGAUCCUGAGGAGCAAAUCCAAGAUCAAAUUCAUUAUUAAAAAGCCUGAGAAGUUUAAGGCAGCUAUUAAGGAGCACACUGCUAGAGGCCCCCAAAACAAAAGAACUUCAUCUGGUGCGGCAAACACAGCAAGCACCACCACAAACAGAGUGGUGAGCAAAACCGAUCCUUCCGAAGAUUUGAACAUCAUCCAAGUAACUCUGUCAGAUGAUGAAAGCGAGCGGCUGCGGAAGGCAGAACGAGCCAGACACUUGCGAGAGGAAGUCAACGACCUUUUCAGCCGGAAAUUUGCUGAAGCCAUCGGUGUGGAUUCUAUGAAAGUCCCCUACAGGAAAAUCACUAACUACCCUGGCUGUGUGGUGGUGGAAGGGUUGCCUCCUGGUGUGGAAUUUAAAGCUCCCAGUUACCUGGAAAUGAGCUCAAUGAGGAAGAUUUUGGAAUCACCAGAAUCGAUCAAGUUCACUAUCGUUCGGCCAAUUCCAGGACUUGUGAUAAACAAUCAGCUGAUGGAAAAAGCUGAAGAAGCAGCAGAAGCACCAGCAAUACCAGUGCCAGCAGCAGCACCAGUACCAGUACCAAUACCAGAAGCAGUACCAGCACCAGUACCAGCAGAGCCAGCUGAACCAAUCAAAUCAGAAGUCUCUGUAGAAGAGGUUACAGAAACAAAAGAAAGUUUUCAAGCAAAGAAGGAUCCAGACCCAACGUGGUAGGACCUCAUCGCUGCUGGGUAAAACAAUUUAUUGUUUCUUGGAGUCAGCACCUGUGGAGGAAUAACAUUUUUGGGUGGGGAGAAGACUUGAUUGAUACCAAGCUGGAUGCAAUUGUUUGGUGUACUUGAGCUGUAGCCUGUUUAGCUUUAGAAUCAUAGAAUCAUUAAGGUUGGAAAAGACCUCAAAGAUCAUCAAGUCCAACCUGUCA